GGGGUGUGUGUAGGCUGCCGCGGCGGCGCGCAGCACGGCGGGAACAUGGCGCGCGGGGCCGGCGCGCGCGCGUAGCUGGCGGGACCGUUAGCUCGAGGCGGACGCGGCCCGGGUCCCGCGGGGAUGGAGCAGUCGCUGCCGCCGGCGCCCGAUCCGACGCCGGGGCCGACCCCCGCACGGAGCCGUAGGCGGCGGGAGCCGGAGUCGCCGCCGGUGCCGGCGCCGAUUCCUCUCUUUGGUGUUAAACCUAUUGGGCGGAGAAGCCCUGAUGGACCAGUGCUGAGCAAAGCUGAGUUUGUGGAGAAAGUUCGUCAGAGUAACCAGGCCUGUCAUGAUGGAGAUUUCCACACAGCUAUCCUUCUGUACAACGAAGCCCUGGCUGUUGACCCUCAGAACUGCAUUUUAUACAGCAAUAGAUCUGCAGCCUAUAUGAAAAUCCAGCAGUAUGACAAGGCGCUGGAUGAUGCAAUCAAAGCUCGACUUCUCAAUCCCAAAUGGCCAAAGGCAUACUUCCGACAGGGUGUUGCCCUGCAGUACCUCGGGCGUCAUGCCGAUGCUCUGGCAGCCUUUGCAUCUGGACUGGCUCAGGACCCCAAGAGUCUCCAGCUUCUGGUGGGGAUGGUAGAGGCUGCCAUGAAAUCUCCCAUGAGAGACUCCCUCGAGCCCACUUACCAGCAGCUUCAGAAAAUGAAGCUGGACAAGAGCCCCUUCGUGGUUGUGUCUGUGGUCGGGCAGGAGCUCCUGACGGCCGGCCAUCACGGCGCGUCUGUGGUCGUCCUAGAAGCUGCUCUGAAGAUCGGCACCUGCAGCCUCAAGCUGAGAGGUUCCGUGUUCUCGGCCCUGAGCAGCGCUCACUGGUCCCUCGGAAACACCGAGAAGAGCACUGGAUACAUGCAGCAGGACUUGGACGUCGCCAAGACCUUAGGUGACCAGACAGGAGAAUGCCGAGCUCAUGGGAAUCUGGGCUCUGCAUUCUUCUGCAAAGGGCAUUACCGGGAGGCCCUCGCGAACCACAGGCAUCAGUUGGUGCUCGCCAUGAAGCUCAAGGAUCGAGAGGCAGCUUCAGCAGCCCUGAGCAGUCUGGGCCACGUGUACACCGCCAUCGGAGACUACCCCAAUGCCCUGGCCAGUCACAAACAGUGCGUUCUUCUUGCCAAGCAAUCCAAAGACGAGCUUUCUGAGGCCCGAGAACUCGGCAACAUGGGAGCUGUGUACAUUGCCAUGGGGGACUUUGAGAAUGCUGUGCAGUGCCAUGAGCAGCAUCUGAAGAUAGCUAAGGACCUGGGGAACAAGCGAGAAGAGGCCCGGGCCUACAGCAAUCUGGGGAGUGCCUAUCACUACAGGAGGAACUUUGAUAAGGCCAUGUCUUACCACAACCAUGUGCUGGAGCUGGCGCAGGAAUUGGUGGAGAAGGCCAUUGAGAUGCGGGCCUACGCUGGCCUGGGUCACGCUGCCAGGUGCAUGCAGGACUUGGACAGGGCUAAACGGUACCAUGAGCAGCAGCUGGGCAUUGCUGAGGAUCUUAAGGAUCGGGCUGCAGAGGGGCGAGCAUCUUCCAAUCUAGGAAUCAUACACCAGAUGAAAGGCGAUUAUGACACCGCCCUGAAGCUGCACAAGACCCACCUGUGCAUUGCCCAGGAGCUGAGUGACUACGCCGCCCAGGGCCGCGCCUACGGGAACAUGGGCAAUGCCUACAAUGCCCUGGGCAUGUACGACCAGGCGGUCAAGUACCACCGGCAGGAGCUGCAAAUCUCCAUGGAGGUGAAUGACCGGGCCUCACAGGCAUCCACACAUGGGAACCUUGCCGUGGCCUACCAGGCCCUGGGUGCCCACGACCGGGCUCUGCAGCACUAUCAGAACCAUCUGAACAUUGCUCGGGAGCUACGUGACGUCCAGAGCGAGGCCCGGGCCCUCAGCAACCUGGGCAACUUCCACUGCUCUCGGGGGGAGUACGUCCAGGCCGCCCCUUACUAUGAACAGUACCUCCGGCUCGCUCCCGACCUUCAGGACAUGGAAGGGGAAGGGAAGGUCUGCCAUAAUCUCGGCUACGCCCAUUACUGCCUUGGAAAUUACCAGGAAGCAGUAAAGUACUACGAGCAGGAUCUGGCACUAGCCAAAGACCUUCACGACAAACUGAGCCAAGCGAAGGCUUACUGCAACUUGGGCCUAGCAUUCAAGGCUCUGCUUAAUUUCAGCAAAGCUGAAGAGUGUCAGAAGUACCUACUGUCCCUAGCCCAGUCCCUGAAUAAUUCCCAGGCUAAAUUUCGAGCCCUAGGGAACCUGGGUGAUAUAUUCAUCUGUAAAAAAGAUAUAAACGGUGCAAUAAAAUUCUAUGAGCAGCAGCUGGGCUUAGCUCACCAUGUAAAGGACAGAAGACUAGAAGCCAGUGCAUAUGCAGCCCUGGGCACUGCGUACAGAAUGAUCCAGAAAUAUGACAAGGCCUUGGGUUACCACACGCAGGAACUGGAGGUGUAUCAGGAGCUGAGCGACUUGUCGGGAGAGUGCAGAGCUCACGGGCACCUGGCUGCUGUCUACAUGGCCCUUGGGAAAUACACGAUGGCAUUUAAGUGUUACGAAGAGCAGCUGGACCUCGGGCAGAAGCUGAAGGACCCGAGUCUAGAAGCCCAGGUCUACGGCAACAUGGGUAUCACGAAGAUGAACAUGAACGUGCUGGAAGAAGCCAUCGGCUACUUCGAGCAGCAGCUGGCCAUGCUGCAGCAGCUGAGCGGGAGCGAGUCUGUGCUCGACCGGGGCCGGGCCUACGGCAACCUGGGGGACUGCUACGAGGCCCUGGGUGACUACGAGGAAGCCAUCAAGUACUACGAACAAUAUUUGUCUGUCGCGCAAAGUCUGAAUCGCAUGCAAGACCAAGCAAAGGCUUACCGGGGCCUCGGGAAUGGACACAGGGCAAUGGGGAGCUUGCAGCAAGCCCUUGUGUGCUUUGAAAAGAGGCUUGUGGUCGCCCAUGAGCUUGGGGAGGCCUUUAAUAAAGCCCAAGCCUAUGGAGAGCUAGGAAGUCUGCACAGCCAAUUAGGGAAUUACGAACAAGCCAUUUCCUGCCUUGAACGCCAGCUGAACAUUGCUAGAGAGAUGAAAGACCGAGCUCUGGAAAGUGACGCGGCCUGUGGCCUGGGGGGUGUUUACCAGCAGAUGGGGGAAUAUGAUACAGCCCUGCAGUACCACCAGCUGGAUCUGCAGAUAGCAGAGGAGACCAACAACCCCACGUGCCAGGGCCGGGCCUAUGGGAACCUGGGCCUGACGUACGAAUCCCUGGGCACCUUCGAGAGAGCGGUGGUCUAUCAAGAACAGCACCUGAGCAUCGCUGCACAGAUGAACGACUUGGUGGCCAAGACAGUGUCGUAUAGCAGCCUUGGGAGGACCCAUCAUGCCUUGCAGAACUAUUCCCAGGCAGUCAUGUACCUGCAGGAAGGGUUAAGGUUAGCUGAGCAACUGGGGCGAAGAGAAGAUGAAGCCAAAAUUCGACACGGUCUUGGCCUUUCCCUUUGGGCAAGUGGGAACCUGGAGGAGGCCCAACACCAGCUCUAUAGGGCGUCAGCCUUGUUCGAGUCAAUCCGACAUGAGGCACAGCUGAGCACAGACUACAAGCUCUCCCUCUUCGACCUGCAGACGUCAUCCUACCAGGCUUUGCAGCGGGUGCUUGUCAGCCUAGGCCAUCACGAUGAAGCCCUGGCCGUGGCAGAAAGAGGACGGACGAGGGCAUUUGCCGAUCUCCUGGUAGAGCGGCAGACAGGACAACAGGACUCCGACCCCUACUCCCCAGUCACUAUUGAUCAGAUCUUGGAGAUGGUGAACGGCCAGAGGGGACUAGUGCUUUACUAUUCCCUGGCUGCUGGCUACCUGUAUAGCUGGCUGCUUGCCCCUGGGGCAGGAAUUCUCAAGUUUCACGAGCACUACUUGGGCGACAGCUCAGUGGAAAACUCCAGCGACUUCCAGGCGGGCAGCGGCGGCGCUCUUCCGACAGCCAUCAGCUCGGCCCUUGAGCAGCACAUUGCCGGUGUGCGGGAGGCCCUGGGCGUGGAGUCCUACUACUCCAGGGCCUGCGCCAGCAGCGAGACUGAGAGUGAAGCCGGAGACAUCAUGGACCAGCAGUUGGAGGAGAUGAACAACAAGCUCAACUCGGUCACCGACCCUACUGGCUUUCUGCGGAUGGUCCGCCGCAAUAACCUCUUCAACAGGAGCUGCCAGAGCAUGACGAGCUUGGCCAGCAGCACUGUGUCGCCCAUCAAGGAUGGGGCCUCCUCUCUCCCCCGGAGGCAGAGCUCGUUUGCUAGGUCCCCGCUCCGCGCUCUGUACGACCUGCUCAUAGCACCGAUGGAAGGGGGCCUGAUGCACUCCAGCGGCCCGGUCGGCCGGCACCGGCAGCUCAUCCUGGUUCUGGAGGGGGAGCUCUACCUCAUCCCCUUCGCCCUCCUGAAGGGGAGCUCCUCCAACGAGUACCUGUACGAGCGCUUUGCUCUCAUCGCCGUCCCCUCCGUCCGCUCCCUUGGCCCACAGUCCAAGACCCACCUGAGGAGGAACCCGCCCGCGUGCUCCAGCUCCACAUCCAUGGCAGCCGUCAUCGGCAACCCCAAGCUCCCGUCCGCGGUGAUGGACAGGUGGCUGUGGGGGCCCAUGCCGUCGGCCGAGGAGGAGGCCUACAUGGUAUCGGAGCUGCUGGGCUGCCAGCCCCUGGUGGGCAGCGUGGCCACCAAAGAGAGGGUUAUGAGCGCCCUGACCCAGGCCGAGUGUGCCCACUUUGCCACCCACAUCUCCUGGAAGCUGUCAGCGCUGGUCCUCACGCCCAGCGCGGAGGGCAACCCCGCCGGCAGCAAGAGCUCCUUUGGCCACCCCUACACGAUCCCCGAGUCCCUGCGGGUGCAGGACGACGCCAGCGACGGGGAGAGCAUCUCGGACUGCCCGCCCCUGCAGGAGCUGCUGCUCACGGCCGCCGACGUCCUGGACCUGCGGCUUCCGGUGAAGCUGGUGGUCCUGGGCUCCUCCCAGGAGUCCAACAGCAAAGCCACAGCCGACGGUGUCGUCGCGCUAACGCGCGCCUUCCUGGCCGCGGGCGCGCAGUGCGUCCUCGUGUCCCUGUGGCCAGUGCCCGUGGCCGCCUCCAAGAUGUUUCUCCACGCCUUCUACUCGUCCCUGCUGAACGGCCUGAAAGCCAGCGCUGCCCUGGGGGAGGCCAUGAAGGCGGUGCAGAGCAGCAAGGCCUUCUCGCACCCCUCCAACUGGGCAGGGUUCCUGCUCAUCGGGAGCGACGUUAAGCUGAACAGUCCCUCGUCACUCAUCGGCCAGGCCCUCACAGAGAUCCUACAGCAUCCGGAGCGUGCACGGGAUGCCCUGCGAGUGCUGCUGCACCUGGUGGAGAAGUCCCUGCAACGCAUCCAGAAUGGGCAGCGCAACGCCAUGUACACGUCCCAGCAGAGUGUAGAGAACAAAGUGGGUGGCAUCCCUGGCUGGCAGGCCCUCCUCACCGCUGUGGGCUUCCGGCUGGACCCCCCCGCCAGCGGCCUGCCGGCGGCCGUCUUCUUCCCGACCUCGGACCCGGGUGACCGGCUCCAGCAGUGCAGCAGCACCGUCCAGUCCCUGCUGGGUCUGCCCAGCCCGGCCCUGCAAGCCCUCUGCAAGCUCAUCACUGCCUCGGAGACGGGCGAGCAGCUCAUCAGCCGGGCUGUUAAAAAUAUGGUUGGAAUGCUCCACCAGGUGCUGGUUCAGCUGCAGGCCGGCGAGAAGGAGCAGGACUUUGCAUCGGCUCCCAUCCAGGUCUCCAUCAGCGUCCAGCUGUGGCGGCUCCCAGGCUGUCAUGAAUUCCUGGCAGCUCUAGGCUUUGAUCUCUGUGAGGUUGGUCAGGAGGAAGUAAUCCUGAAAACCGGGAAACAAGCCAAUCGGCGGACCGUGCACUUUGCGCUCCAGUCCCUGCUCGCCCUCUUCGAUUCUACUGAGCUGCCCAAGCGCCUCAGCCUUGACAGCUCAUCUUCCCUGGAGUCUCUGGCCUCAGCCCAGUCCGUCUCCAAUGCCUUGCCUCUGGGUUACCAGCACCCACCCUUCUCCCCCACCGGUGCGGACAGCAUUGCCUCAGAUGCCAUAUCUGUGUACAGCCUAAGCUCCAUCGCCUCUUCAAUGAGCUUUGUCUCCAAGCCUGAGGGUGGGUCAGAAGGUGGGGGCCCCCGAGGACGGCAGGACUAUGACCGGUCCAAGAAUGCUUACCCACAGCGAGCCACCCUGCCUCGGAGCCAGCUGUCCCCUGAGACCCGCCCUACAGGCAGCAAAGACGAGGAAGAAUACGAAGGGUUUUCCAUUAUCAGUACUGAGCCUCUGGCAGCCUACCAAGAAAACAGAAAGACACGCUUCUCACCAGAUCACAAACAGCCCCAAGUCGGGACAGCUGGAGGUAUGAAGGUUUCCCUAAGCUCCAAGGGGAGCAUAAGCACUCCAAACUCUCCAGUUAAAAUGACCUUGAUUCCCAGCCCAAACUCACCCUUCCAAAAGGUUGGAAAACUAGCAAGUUCAGAUACAGGAGAAUCAGACCAGUCUAGCACAGAAACAGACAGUACUGUGAAGUCCCAAGAAGAAAGCAAUCCAAAGCUUGAUCCACAAGAGCUGGCCCAGAAAAUUCUAGAGGAGACACAAAGUCAUCUCAUUGCAGUGGAGCGUCUUCACAGGGGCGGCGGUCCGACCAGCAAGAGUAAUAAUUCUGAGGAUGGCAUUUCCGUGCCAAACAGCGCUGCCGUGUUCAGAGCAUCAGAGACCAGUGCGUUCAGCAGGCCUGCGCUCUCCCACCAGAAGAGUCAGCCAUCGCCACUUCCUGUUAAACCAAAGCCCCCAGCCAGAAGCUCCUCCCUCCCCAAGGUGAGCUCAGGAUACAGCAGCCCCACCACCUCGGAGGCCUCCAACAAGGACAGCGCGAGCCAGCACAGUGGCCGGCCGUCGCCUGGCUCCGACUCCCAGACUUCCCUCUCCGACCAGCCUCUCUUCAAACUGAAGUACCCCAGCUCUCCUUACAGUGCUCAUAUUUCCAAAUCACCAAGGAACACGUCCCCAAGCUCAGGCCACCAGUCUCCUGCUGGCAGUGCACCUUCCCCAGCUCUCUCCUAUUCCUCAGCCGGUUCUGCUCGCUCGAGUCCGGCUGACGCUCCUGACAUAGACAAACUGAAAAUGGCAGCCAUCGAUGAGAAAGUGCAGGCAGUCCAUAACCUGAAGAUGUUUUGGCAGAGCGCACCCCAGCAUUCCACAGGACCCAUGAAAAUAUUCCGGGGGGCCCCUGGAACCAUGACUUCCAAAAGAGAUGUCCUCAGUCUAUUAAACUUGUCACCUCGGCACCACAAGAAGGAGGAAGGAGUAGACAAGCUUGAACUUAAGGAGCUGUCUUUGCAGCAACCUGGAGAAACACCACCGAAAGCGCCUCCCAAUGGCCACUGGCGCUCGGAGACCACUGCGCUGAGCACACUGCCCGCCAGCCCUCCUGCUGCGCCCCCCACGCGCCCUUUGAGACUUCCUUCUGGAAACGGCUACAAGUUUCUGUCCCCGGGAAGAUUUUUUCCCUCCUCCAAGUGCUAAAGCGUCUUUUGUACACACUAACUCUGGGUGCAGCAGCCGCGGGUGGGCACGGCGCUCGCUCUGCACUCCCUUGUCUGAGGUCCGUCACCCACUCGGCCGCUGGCCACCUCACGGUGGGCGCGCUCCCCGGGCACCACCCGCCCGGGUGCCACCACAAACACAGCUGGUGGUGCCUCUGGGCCAGAUUCACCAAAAGCCAGGAUUUCUGUGGGGUUGGUACAGGUUCAUGGAAUUUUCUACACACUUCAUCCAAUGUUUACCUUGAACUCCCUGCUUCUCAUUUUUGAUGUGAUUCUUCACAGGAUUUUUGUACAAAGAUGGUCCUGGUUCUGGGGUGGGGAGAGGAAAGGGAGCACAUAUUUUGCUAAGAGGUAUAUAUGCAGUACCUUUUAUACACAUAAGUACAAAGAGAGCUUUUUUUACGGCUUUCAGGUGCUGGUUGGGCGUUGGAUAUGUAAAAUCAGAGUUGAAUUCUACAUGAAAGUGUUGUAUCAGCCAAAAACAACAAUGGUUUUAAAAAUGCCAAUGAUUUAUAUAAUUGUAGCAAUUUUGGUCUCAUGAUAUUGUAACACCACAAUAACACGCAAUAAUUCAUGUCUAAACAGUGCUUCCAUGCUGAACUCUGCUCCCCCAAGCUCUACAAAUGUCCUUGGGGCUCCACAGUCAACCAAACUUGAAUUUUCUUAAAAAAAUUUAUGUAACUCAACUCUUACCCAGGCAUUUAGAACUAUGCAAUUAAGAUUUAAAAUGCAACUUUGUGCUUUUAAAACAUUAUUGACCUUUUUUGUACGUGGGCAAACAACUUGGUUUUACUAUCAAUAGUACUUUGCAUUUAUAGCUAUUAUUUUUAAAGGCUCAAAAAUUUUUUAAAUGUCAAAUUUUGAAUAGUCAACAACAAGUAAUUUUAUCAAGUUUGGGGGGGAAAGGUUAAAACUAUCCAGUUUUCUUACAAGCAAGCAAAAAAAUAAAAAAAUUAAAAAAACAAUUCCAUGGCUAACUAGAUUUAACUAAGAUCUAGCCUUCCAGCUCCUAUUACCUUUAUUAGCUGCUUAGGUUUAUUCUCUUUUUCCCAGCUCCAGGCCUCUAAAACCUCUUCUAUCUAAAUCUGUUGCCAGGUCCCCACAAUCCCAGCACCCCGUAUCAGUGAACUGCGUAUGGACCCUCAUCUUAGCUGUGACCACGCCCCUUGCUCCUGCAGUCCAAAGGACAAGCCCCCUCCCCUCUCACAGACUUUCAUGUUGGCAGCCUGAGAAGCAGGGGGUGUGGGGGUGGUUGCUGGGAUCUACACCCAGAUUAUUGCUGAAGAGGGAAACAGACGUCCCUGAAAGUGUUGUCUUUGAAAGUGUUGUAUGGCUGUGACAGUACACUGAAACUGUUGCCAGCUGGGACGUGACAAAAGAACAGGUAGCAGAAACCAUUAACUUAUUUCAAUAAAGAAAUAAAAUGCUGAAAGUCCUAUCAGUACUAAGUUUAGUUUGGAGAAUUUAAAUAAACCGCUUUUUGCUAAUUCUAAAAUUAAAAUCCUACCAUCCCCACUGUGAGGGUAUAUCACACAAAAGUGGACAGCCACUUGGCCCAGCAACACAUGGAGUGGGCACAAGGGGCCUGGCAGGAGGGACCCUAACCUAAGACCCCCAGGUGGAGUCUGUAACCUUGGGUAAGAGCUCACUUUAUAAACACACUCUGACCACUUGCCCCGUUCCUCAGUGUACUCUAAGAGGGAAGGAUGAUAUUUAUUCAGUUUUUGUGUUAUUCUCCUGAGCUAUGUCAUAGAGGUUUUUGCAUUUGACCCAACAGCUAUGCUGAUGAAAGCAAACAAUAAGGAUGAUCCCAUUCUAACCCUGAUCCAAACACUGGAAGAGAAAUACUUUUUAUAAAAAGCGAGCAAUUAUGAGGUGGUCUUUAUGUCAGUAGGGAAAAAAAUAAAUGGUAAUAAAAGUACCAGAGUAGCAAAUGAAAGCCAAGUUUAUAGCACUGUGCAUUUAGAUAGCAAAAUCAGGUCCUCUGCAAAGAAGACUAAGCCUCAAAGUAAAUUUCUGAAUCUAUAUGUAGAUAGGCUGUUUCUCAGCAAACCUCAGCCUCCUUCCCAAGUGCCAAGGAGCCCUGGAGAAAAGGGCCGGGGUCUGUGCGCCACCCGUUUGCCCGCCUCUAGUGCGCGCCCUCCACCAUCCUGACCACUUCCGUGGUUACCAAGCCAGCUAGGAGGACUUGUGGAUCCUAACCUAGUUGCAGUCCUAAGUACAUUGUUAUUCAAGUUUCAUGUUGCAAAGCCAAAUGGUAUAUGUGAUUUUUUUUUUGUCCUAGAUAUAAGCUUCAAUGAAAAAGCAAAGAUGAUGAAAUUACAGGAUUUAAAAAAAAAUCACUGUAGACUCACCACUUCUUUGUUUACUGUCAAUCUGGGUGUUUUCUAUGAGUAAAAUGGAUGUAAAAUCAAACUUUUCAGGCUACACUGAAAAAAGUAUGCACUUAAAAAUUAUCUAAGAUGUGUAAUUCACAGAUCUCUUUGUACAGAUCAGGGGUCGGUAAACUAUGACCCACAGGCUGAGUCAGGUCGGAGGCCUGGUUUUUUAUGGCCUUGAGCUGGGAAUGGAUUUUACAAUUUUAAAUAGUUCUCUGUGUACCUACACAAUAUUCUUGGCUUUGCCUGUUGGCCCACAAAGCCUAAGCUGUCUAAUGCCUGGCCUUUUAGGAGAAAGUUUGCUGACACCCGGUAUAGGCGGCAGAGAACACAGUUAAAGGUUUUGUCUCUACAGUCUAGGGGAAGCGAGUGUCAGACUGUGGAUAAAACUGACUGGCAUGCAUGGGAACCCAGAGCCAUGUGGGUAGAAGCGAGUGAUUCCUGUUUAGUCCUUGGCUUUUUGCCCCACUUGGAAGGAGUCAGUGGAUGUGGGUAAAAUGUACAAAACUAUUUUUCCUCACCAGAUGCAGAGAACAUUGGAUAUAUGUUGUUUUCAGCUCAGGAAACUGGAAAGCCCUGACCCACCUGUACUCCACCAGAUGCAAACACACUGAACACAAGCAAUAAAAUCGUCUCUUAGAAACUCCGUAUGACUGGAAAGUAAGGUUGUAGACCCUGUCUUAACUCUCACCAGUGCACUACUCAGCUUCUUCACUGGCUUUAAUUAAGUCAAUAUCCCAAGACAAAAAUAGCUAAAACUUACAUUUUUUUAAAAUUUAUAUUUGUAUGAAGUGAGACAACAAAGCUCUCACCUCCACCCACUGCAAAAGCUCACAGUCCACACCGAUGCUUGCUGGGUCCCAGCAGGAGAUAAAGUGCUGCACCCAGGGACUUGUACUGCUUUGCUUUCUCCCAUGGACCCCAGCAGGUGGUCACUGCGGCAAGUCCCCAGUACGUUGCCUGUCCCAUUGCCUCCCAUUGCAAAGAGAACUGUCACUUUGUUAGUUUCAGUUCAGGUUGGAAGAAACGCCAUGCAAUAAUCUGGUUUACUUUUAGUAAGUAGGCAGAAAAUAAAAAUUGUAUAAUUUUCACCACCUCUUUUGUUGUUUUAUCUAAAAAUGAUUGUACAUGUGGUUUGUGAACUGGGCCCUUGUUUGUGCCAGAUCCUUCAAAGAUGUUCCAUGUAAGGACCCGCGUGGUUACCUCUCCCCUCCUCAGACGCCUUCCCCACUUGGCACUCACACCCCUUGUAUGCAGUGUUAGCCGUCUUUGGCCUAUGUGGACUUCUUUUGUAAAUUACACAGUUUCCAGAUGGCAUUAAACUUUUUAUAUUCUGAAAUUUACCAUGUAAAAAGAACUUCAUAUUUUUAUUGAGAUUGCUAAGGCACUUGGCCUUCCUUUGUGAUUUCAGUGUCUAUUAAAGCAUGAGUCCCCUUGGUUUUAA